GAACGUAAUGUGCUAAUAGAAGCCACUUGGCUAGCAUGCUAACGGUGCUAAGUAUGACAGAUAAAAACACCGACAACUCAGCUAAUUGAAGUCACUCUGCUCUGACAUAACGCUAACUACAAGCUGCAAGGUCUGUUUGCUGUAUUCUGCGUCUGACAGUGACAGCAGCAUCUUCCUGUGUCUACCAGUGCUGUCGAGCGGAACAGUAAUGCCAUAGAGGAAGGAGGCAUUGCCAAGUCUUCUCCACCAGGAAGGAGAGGUCUCCUCAGAAAUGGCAACUGAACUCCAUGAGACUAUAUUCAUGGCCAAGCAGGAGCGCCAUAAAAACCUGUUUCUUAACUACAAAAACCUGAAUAUAUUCCCUGUAGAGCUGCUUAAAGAUGAAGGCCUGCAGUUUCUGGAGAGACUGUACAUGAAGAGGAACUCACUCACUACACUGCCUGACAAUCUUGCUCAGAAGCUCCCAAAUCUAAUUGAACUGUAUUUGCACUCAAACAACAUAGUCAUUAUUCCUGAAGCUAUUGGAAACCUGGCCAGGCUGCAGUCUUUGGACCUCAGCAAUAAUGCCCUCCAGCUCCUCUGUCCAGAGAUUGGCCGUCUGAGGUCUCUGCGCCACCUGAGACUGUCCAAUAACCAGCUGAAAUGCCUUCCUCCAGAGAUCGGUGAUCUGCAGGAACUGGAGACUCUGGACGUGUCAAUGAAUCAGCUGAUGUCUCUGCCAGAUCGGCUGCACCGUUGUCUUUCUCUGCAGAAUCUGACAGCCGACCACAACCUGCUCAGCCACGUUCCCCGGCAGCUCUGCUGGCUCCACCGCCUUAACCAGCUCUCCAUGGCCGCUAACCGGCUGACCUUUUUACCACUUGAUCUGGGCAGAUCACGGGAGCUGCAGUUCGUGUUCGUGGACAACAAUGUGGACCUGAAAGGCCUCCCCUCCUACUUGUAUAACAAGGUCAUUGGCUGCAGCGGGUGCGGUGUGUCAUCACACCAAGUGUUGGAGGGUGACCUGGGUGAGGUUCUGGGUGAGGUUCUGAGAGAGGCUCUGGUCGGGUUGCCGGCUGAAGUAAAGGUGGUGGGCUCAGAGACGGAUAACGUGGUUCCCCUGGAGGAGCUCGCCAUGAGGACCCUGCACCGCAUCUACCACCACCGCCCAACAGACCUCAACUUGCUGCCUCCCAUCAGCCUCCCAAAGAGCCUGCUGGACCUGUUGCAGUUCCCCCUGGGUCACUGUCACCGCUGCAGCCAAGCCAUGUUCACCAUCAUCUACCCUAAACUCUUCCCUCUCCGUGACACCGCCCUGGCAGGCGUGCACCGCAGGACGACUGUGAGUUUCGUGGCCUAUUGCUGCUCCAGUCACUGCCUCCGGACGUUUGACCUCCAGGGCUGACAUCACUUUUCUUUGCCCUUUUCCACAUUUGAAGCAGAAGCUGUUGAUUGGUUCCCAGAAGGUGACAGAUGAUGGUUUGUCAUCUUGAAGGUCUGUACUGCACAAGUGCAGGGAGCUCUGUGCUUGAUUGACAAUACUAAGAACCACAAAGAAGCAGCAGCUUCUGUGGAUGUUUGGUGGGUCAGAUGACGGACACAGGGCUUGUCCAGCAAUGUUUCAACGCCCUGUAGACAAAGACCCAAACCUACAUGGUGCUUCUGUCUAGAGUCUAACCAAUUUGGAUGACUGUGUUCCUGAGGUUCAACAUAAUAACUGCUAUGUGUGAACAGCGAACAACCAUCUGUCUAGAAACUAACAGUAUUAGACCAGAAGUAACUACAAACCCCUACUCACAAAUGGGCACUUUUUAAAGACAAGCACUGUUUGAUAUUUGUGAAAGCAGUCAUUUUUCACACAGCUGACACAUCCCAUUGAUUGUGGAGUCAUCAGUCUUCAAGGUAUUAACAUUUGUUAUGCAGUUUACUUUUCUGAUUACUGAUGAACAUUUGAAGGGUUCUAAUUUAAAAGAAAGCGUACCUGUUUGAUAUGUGUCAUUUCCAGCAGCAGAGGAGACUUUGACUUUAACUUUACAACAGAAGCCAUGUGUCUUUGAGCAGGACACUCAAGUCUCAGAGGGCAUCGCAUACAGUAGAUGAAUGAAUUGGAAAAAUCUGCAUUUGGACACAGAGCAUCAACACAACAUAUUUUAUGAGGUCAAACUCUUGUCUUGUAAUUAUUCUGAAAUAUUUUCUAACACCUUGGUACUAUUCAGCAAAACGAGCCAAGGAUUAGUUUCUCAUGUUCAUCGCAAUGGUACCAAAAUCUUUGUCGGUUUGCAGUGUCAGUUGUAUUGUAAGGCAGGUAUCCAUUUUUAAAGUUUCACUGGUUUUGGAGCAAAAUUUCUUGUAGUUAACAUGUUAAAACACAGGUAAUGUUUUUUCAUUACCUGCGUUAAUCUGAAAUAUCUCUGUAACAUUGAAGGAGCCCAGAAUGGUCAUGUCACCCAGUUUUCUGUCACUGUCUGAAGAAAAUUAGAUUUGUACACUUCAGUGGCACUGUGUGAGUCUCCUGUUGGACAGACGCUUGUGUGUUAAUAUUCAUACCUAUGUUGUACAGUUGUAAGUUAUCAUUUGUUCUGAUUGUGUUGCAUUUGGGAGUAAAUAUUGACUGAUGUUUGA